AUGGCCUUGGCUGUGAAGCAGGAGAUUUGUUUUUGCAAAGUCGCGUCAAAGACCUGGUUGCGUUUAUCCAUACAUCUCAUUACAUCUCCUCUUAGCUCUCUUCACGUCCCUUCUCCAACAAGCUUCAAGGAGCUGGACCGGGUCCAGGCGGAGGCCGACGGGAAUCAGGCGGAGUUGGCAGAGCUUCGUCGCCGCUGGGCUGCCGAGCAGCCGGAGCGCGAGGCGCGGCCCCGGCCAUCGCCAUCGCCAUUGGGUGCUCCUCUCGAAAGCUUCGCUGACCUAACCAUCCUUAACCUUCAACAAGCGCGAGCGCUGCUGCGUGAGACGGGCGAGGCCGAGCGGCGCUUUGCCGAGCAGGAGCGCCGCUGUGCGGAGGCCUUGGCGCGGGCGUCGGACUCUGGUGAGGAGCCCUCGAAUGGCGGAAGGGGCAGUGACAUGGCAGCGAAGACCACGCGCGUGGCAUCACUGGAAGCGUCGCGGCAACAGCUGUCGGUUGGGCUGCAGGAGCUCCAGGAUGCGGUGCGCCAGGAGACCACGCUGGUCGCGCAGCUCCAGUCCCGGUGCGAGGUGCUCCGCCGGGAGGCCAAGGCCCUGAGCUCCGGAGCGGCGGCGGCCCGGGAGGCCGAGUCUCGGGCUUGGCGGAAGAUGGCGGCGCUCCAGGCCACGGAGGCCGCGGCCCGGCAGCGGGAGCAGUCCUUGGAACGCCACGGAAGGGACCUCCAGGAUCAGGUGCGUGUGCUACGCGCGCAGCUGGCCGCCUCCGCGAUUCCGCCUGUCAGCGGCCUCACACAGGUUACCGGUCGGAUGGAGGAGAAUGCCUGGGACUUGGUCCGAAAGCUGGAGAGCAAGGUGGAGCGCUUGCGCGAGGACCUGCGCACCAAGCGGGAGGAGCUGGAACGCCUGCGGGAACCGGCGGAACCCGCAGCUGAGGCCAACAAAGAGGCCGCUGAGCAGAAUGCCGUGGCCCAGUGA